AUGUCUGGAAAUAACGAAUUUCAAAGUGUCACUGAAUCGACUACUGCCCCAACCACUAGCAACCCAUACGGUCCAAAUCCUGCGGAUUACCUUUCCAAUGUUAAGAAUUUUCAACUGAUUGAUUCAACCUUGAGAGAAGGUGAACAAUUUGCCAACGCAUUCUUCGAUACCGAAAAGAAGAUUGAAAUCGCCAGGGCUUUGGAUGAUUUUGGUGUGGACUACAUCGAGUUGACUUCACCCGUGGCAUCUGAACAGUCCAGAAAGGACUGUGAGGCCAUCUGUAAACUAGGCUUGAAGGCCAAAAUUCUAACCCAUAUCCGUUGUCAUAUGGACGAUGCCAGAGUUGCCGUACAGACUGGUGUCGACGGUGUCGAUGUGGUCAUCGGUACCUCCAAGUUUCUGAGACAGUAUUCCCACGGUAAGGACAUGAACUACAUUGCCAAAAGUGCUGUGGAAGUUAUUGAAUUUGUCAAAUCCAAGGGCAUCGAAAUUAGAUUCUCUUCUGAAGACUCCUUCAGAAGUGACCUGGUUGACCUUUUGAACAUCUACAAAACUGUUGACAAGAUCGGUGUAAAUAGAGUCGGUAUUGCCGAUACCGUGGGUUGUGCUAACCCAAGACAAGUGUAUGAACUUGUCAGAACUUUGAAAAGUGUUGUCCACUGUGACGUCGAGUGUCAUUUCCAUAACGAUACCGGUUGCGCCAUCGCGAACGCUUACACAGCCUUGGAAGGUGGUGCUAGAUUGAUCGACGUUAGUGUACUGGGCAUUGGUGAAAGAAACGGUAUCACUCCUCUCGGUGGUCUAAUGGCAAGAAUGAUCGUUGCCGCACCAGACUAUGUUAAAUCCAAGUACAAGCUGCACAAGAUCAGAGACAUCGAAAAUCUGGUGGCAGACGCCGUGGAGGUCAAUAUCCCAUUCAACAACCCUAUUACCGGGUUCUGUGCAUUCACUCAUAAAGCUGGUAUCCAUGCCAAGGCCAUUCUAGCGAAUCCAUCUACCUACGAGAUUCUGGACCCUCACGAUUUCGGUAUGAAGAGGUAUAUUCACUUCGCUAACAGAUUAACAGGUUGGAACGCCAUCAAAUCAAGAGUUGACCAACUGAACUUGAAUUUGACAGAUGAUCAGAUUAAAGAAGUCACGGCUAAAAUCAAGAGGCUGGGUGAUGUGAGACCGCUAAAUAUUGAUGAUGUAGAUUCCAUUAUCAAGGACUUCCAUGCCGAAUUGGGUACCCCAAUUUUGAAACCGGUAAAUAAGGGUAUUGAUGACGAAAAUAUGGAUCUUUCUAACGGGCAUGCAUCUAAAAAGGCUAAGGUUGCCAAAUAA